CUGACCGGAACCGGAAAUCCACAAGAAACCAAAAUGCUGUGUUCGCUGUGCAGGAAGAUCUCCCAACAGCUACCAAGGAGCUUGAGUAACCAUAGUUACAGUUACAUACAGGGAAAGAUAUUGAAACAACUUCAAAUGAACUUGCAAGUAAGGACACUAUUUGGAUUUACUCGAAAACCUAAACCAAAGUACUCUGUUGUAAAACCUGGAUCAGUGAGUGGUCUACUUCAUGUUCCAAAGCACAUAGUUAAACCUCCCUAUGCACAGGAUCCUGAUGAUGAGAAAGCGUAUGAUAGUCCAAAGGUGAUAGAAAUUAAGAAUGAAGUACAGAUUGCUGGAAUGAGAGAAAGUUGUAAGCUAGCCAGGAAAGUUCUUGAUUUGACUGCAGAAAUUGUCAAAGUUGGCAUAACUACUGAUGAAAUAGAUAGAUUUGUUCAUAAAACUGUAAUAGACCAUAAUGCAUACCCUUCAACGCUAUUAUACCGAAACUUCCCGAAGUCAGUCUGUACAUCAAUAAACAAUGUGGCCUGCCAUGGUAUUCCCGAUGACAGACCUUUAGAAAACUCUGACAUCAUCAAUAUUGAUAUAACUAUAUUUUACAAUGGUUUCCAUGGGGAUUUAUCCGAGACUUAUGUGGUUGGUGACACAGAUUCUGCUGCCAUGGAUCUCAUAAUAACAACAAAGAAGUGUCGCGAUGAGGCUAUCAAUAUAUGUAAACCAGGGAUUCCCUUCUCAGAGAUAGGCCAAGUCAUAGAAGAUAUUGCCCAUGGUGCAGGCUAUCAAGUGGUGCCAUAUUUCUGCGGUCACGGUAUAGGGGAGUACUUCCAUGGCUUGCCUCAGGUUAAUCAUUGCAGUAAAUACAUGUCAGAUGAUGAAGGUACUGCUGUCAUGUCACCAGGGAUGACCUUUACUAUAGAGCCUAUCCUGACUGAAGGGGGAGAACCAUAUAUCUCUAUAUGUGAGGAUGGCUGGACAGCAGUCAUGAAUGAUGAUUCUCGAACUGCACACACAAAAGAUGUUCUAGUCAGAUGAAAUGCCAAAGGAAACAUAUUCAAAUAGGAUCAGGUCACAUUAAGAAAUAACUCUUCGUCAAAUCGACAAUAUGAUUGACUUUAAAGGUUUAAUCAAUUGACGCAGUCCAGAAGUGAUGGAUUGAGGAAACAAUAAAGAAAAAUGACACAUUUGUAUAAUCAUCAAUAUUCAAAUAUAUUAAUACCAUCAUUAAAUGUCAACAUCAUAAGUAAAAAAGGACAUUUAAAAAAUUACAAUAUAUGGACAAUCAAUUUAAUGAAAAUGUUAAAAUGAACUAAAUGAAAUCAUCAAUACAUAUUAGAUACUUCCGUAGUUCAGUCCCAUGAUUCACAAGUACACAUUACCAAUAUAUUUAGUUCAUUUCAUUAUC